AUCGUCGUUUCGCCAGGGGGCGUUUCGCCGCCAUUUUUCAGCUUUGCGUGUAGAGAUCUUGUUUGAAUUUGCGGCGCCAUGCAACCUUCUCCGACUAAAGUUAAUCCAGAUUUAGCCAAAGAGCGAAAAAAAGCUUCAUUCAACCCGACGGAGUUGACGUACCUCCUUUACGGAGGAAAGCAUAAGACAGAACGGAAACGAUUCCUAGGUAAUUUUUCAUCUCCACAUAACUUAAUUGUUCCAACUUUGUGUAAAGAUCUGAGAUUUGGGAUAGGAUAAGAUGAAACUUCCAUUAACAUCUUUAAGCGUUACAACCAAGGAUCUAGACGCACUCAUUAUAUCAAGAGUAGUGGAACGAUCAAUACUUGAAAAAAAAAGGUUUUAAGAUUUCUCAGCAAUUCCCAAAAGUGCAGAGAAAUUAAUUACAUUAGUUCUGGUCGUUUGUAAAGUUGUCAUUUUUUUUUCGCAUCGCAUUGCAUUGAAGAGUCAUUGUUAGUGAAAGAUCCAGUGUUUUGCAAAGAAGAUGCAUACAUCCUUGAUCGCAAACAUGGCUAUGAGAGGGCUUUACAAAGAGGAUUACGAGCUGUUGAACUGUGUAAGGAACACCAAAUCACUGAUCCAGAUGAAAUCACCUUAUUAGGGAGGUAUGCGUUUACUUUGUAAUUCCCAUCUUGUUCCUCUUCGAUUCACUUCUCCUAGUUUAAAAUUCUACCAAAUUAGAUUGUCCUUGACAGUAAUACAAGUCAGUGAAUUAACAUACAUGUGAUUUUGCGUUCAUUUUCUGUCUGAUCCUGUAAAUAUUUAUUAUCAUUGUAACAGUUAUGUUUCUUGUAAAGCGCUUUUGAUCUUUUUGUUGUAAAUAGCGCUAUAUGAGCAGUAAAUUUCUGUAUAAAUUUAUGCGUUCUGUCCUUUAGGUUUGCUGGGACUAUAUUUCCAUUCCACUUGAACAAAGUUAUGUUUAUUCCCACUUUAAAGGUACACCCGGAUUUUAUAUAUUGAAAAUAUGUUUCAUUCUUAACCCUUUAACUCCAAAGAUCUGAUCGUCAAUUCUCUCCUCUAGCUACUACACAUUUCCUUGUAAAUUGAUUAUGAGAAUUAGGUGUUCAAUCAAGGUAAUAAAUUGUACCUGAUGAGGUUGAGUAUUCUCAUGACCUGUUUGCUGCAUAAUGUAUGGAUACUGUAAGGAGAAGUUAAAUGUUAAUCUCUUCUGGAAGUUAAAGGGUUAAUGGUGAUUUCCAUUUGCAGGUGAGCUAUCUUUUAUUAACUUUAAUAUUCAUCUCCAUUUCCAGACUUGGUGGUAAUUUCUUUUAAUUAGAAAAAAAAAUAAUUAAAAUUGAAAAUAUAGACAGUACUUAAAAUUUUAUUGGAGCAUUUAAUUGUAUUUAAAACAGUAUACUGGUAUAUGUUGUCGCUUGAAUAGUGCAGAUGUCUUGCCCAUACUAGAGAGAGCCCAUUGAUCUAACAAGCUGUUAAUUGUUAACUGAUUUGCCAUGUUUGAUGUGGAGUAAGAGAGUGCCCCCCCUUUCUUCGUCUUUCUCCCCCCUACAUGCACUAUCCACCCCCUCCCUAGAAAUUUCAUUCUCUCCUCGAUCUCCUUCUGCAUUAAAGAUCCAAGAUGGCAGCCAAAUGUUCUGCAAAGAAAUACUAAGCACUAUUUCACCAAAAAUUUUAAAUGUACUUCAGCCUUGCAGUGAAAAGCUUGCUGAAAUGCUGGGGGGAGGGGGGAGAGGGGGAGGUACCCUUAGGAUGGACUAGCUCCCAUCCAGGGGGGAGUAGUAAUGCUCCUAGUCCUUUCAAGCUUAGGAAACCAGGAUAAGCUCUGGCUUGGAGGACCACUUAGGCUUAAAUAGACAGAUUUUGCCCUUUUGUGGCUCAACAGAAGCUCAGGUCACACAGCAUUUGGUUCAAUACUUUUUUUGUAUCAGUAAUUUAAUGACUCAACUGACAACGAGCUUCGCAUUUGCCUUCUAACAGAUAAUCAUGCAAUGUUAAUGAUUUGCAAUGCAAUGUGAUAGGGCCAAGGAACUGAGGAACAGAAAGCUAAGUGGCUGCCUCUUGCAGAAUCAAAUCAGAUCAUUGGAACUUAUGCACAGACUGAACUUGGUCAUGGUAAAUAAAUAAAUAAUUUUCUAUACUUCCCUGAUAUUCAAAAUUUUGGUCGAAACAGAUGGCAGUUAAGGAAGAGUGUGGCUUAAUUCAGGAGGCCCCUUUUCACAUAUAAUGAUACAAGUUUAGUUUUAGAGAAUUGAUUGAUAUAACAAAUAGAGCGAUGGAAAGAGAAGGGGGCAUUUAUUUGCUGUCCUUGCCCACCUCAGGGCCUGAAAUUGCGCCUAAUACAGGCGCUAAUGCAACUAAAUUUUUCACUUUGGCGACCAAAUCCUGAAAAUUUCAUCAUAACCUUACCUAGAGAUAUAGUAAAUUAAAAAGAUUUGCCAAGGUAAAUCUAUGGCAAACUUCCUCGUUAAGUUUGUUUCCAAAACGCAGCACAUGCAUCUUGAUUGAUAACUAGAUGCCAUGUUGGAUUUAGGUGAGUUUGAAGGUUGUAUAUCAUCCAUCUUAGUGUCCACUUUGUAGCAUGUUAACAAUCUCUUUACUAACUUAAUUUUGGAGGGUCUAUCUAGUACGCUGACAGCGUAAAAAAAGGUUUUGUUUGUCUCAAAAGAUGGCGACCAACUUUUUUUAAAUUAGCUACCACUUUGAAAAUUUAGGAGCCAAGUGGUUACCAGAAAAAAAUAUUAAUUUCACGCCCUGCACCUGUAAGGGGAGAGGGGGUGUAUAGUGAGUACUUAAGAGGAGGAUUUUAGGAAGGAGGAUUUUAGGAAAUUUGGUAUAUAACAUUAAAUUGUACUGAUUUCACCUUGCAAAGUAAACACACACAAAUUAAACAUAAAAGUCUGUGCUGUAUAAUGAAAUGAAUGGUUUAUGAUUUUUUUCAAAAUUCUGAAAUGUUCUGAAAACUGUUUCUGAUAAGAUUGAUAUUUUCUUGUGAUUUUUCACAUCUUUCUCCAGGAACUUUUAUUCGUGGCUUGGAGACUACAGCAACAUAUGAUAAAAGCACACAAGAGUUUAUUAUUCACUCACCAUCACUGACUGCAUGCAAAUGGUGGCCUGGAAAUUGUAAGUCCUCUUUCAUCAGAUGAAUGUUUGUUAUUUAUUAAGUAUUAAAUACAAUUGAAAGUUGAAACAGAAUACAGACUUGUAGUUUAGUUCAGAAAUGUGUGAGCCUGAGACUUUCAUGUUGCAUACAUGUGCUGUACAGUAUCUACUUCAGUGAGGUGUCCAAAAAAAUGUCACUUUUAGGACUCUGAAUGCUUCUUCCAGUCUUAUUAGCAAAGUGCUAUUCACUAAAAAGCUUAUUACAGGACUGGUGUUGCUUGGAUGGUGAAAUAAAUUACCCCUUGUUAUAUCUUGAUUUACAAGCAAAAUUAAAGAUAACUUUGCAUUACUUGCCAAACUGGUUAUGAUCUUUAACUUUCAGUGGGAAAGUCUUCCAAUUUUGCCAUCAUACCAGCAAGACUAAUAGUGGAUGAAAAGGAUCAUGGGAUACAGAUGUUUAUUGUUCAGUUGCGUGAUCUGGAUACUCACCAACCUUUGCCUGGUAUGUUUUAUCUUAAACUUCAUCUGCUCUGAUGAAAGGUUAACGCUUGUCAAACUCUUUACUGUGGCCAAUUUACAUUAUCAACUCUGAUAUAAAACCAAAUUGUCUGAUUAUCUCAUAAAGCUUGUCUCGGCAAAACUGUUGAAUACAGGACCACUUAUUUGCCUAUCAGCAAAUAAGCCUGUUGAGUUAUUUCUUGUCCCUCAAAGACUUGCCACAACGAGGAGGACAACAGUGUCCUUGUUACCUCCUUUUCUUAUUUCUUAGGUAUAACAGUAGGAGACAUUGGAGCCAAAUUCUCUCCUUUGACAAAUGUAACAGACAAUGGAUUUCUGAUGUUUGAUCAUGUCCGGAUUCCUCUUAACCAGAUGCUUAUGGGGCUAGCGAAGGUAUUGAGCAAUUUUAAAUUGUGUUAAAAUUAGUUACAUGCCUUGGGAAUUGCAUAGGUUUUUCUUUACUUUGCCUGGGACUUGCUGGUAAUAAGCACUCAGAUGGUACAAGUUUUGGUCACUGACAUUUUAUUGGGGACGCUGAUCACAUCCACAUAUCGGAGGUCCCCCCCCCUUCCCUCUGCGUACACCUUCUACGGCUUAGUUUACGCUAACUUUGGUUUUACUUUACUUUGCUUGUGAUUGGUCUAGAAAACUCGCGCCACUCUCUCAACCAAUCAGAUGUAAAACUAAAACCAAUCGCGACUUCGUCACUUGCGUUUUCCCGCGCUUCAAGCAGUUUGCUUGGUUUACCUUUGAGUCCUCAUUGGCUAGCGAAGAUGUCAAUUUCUGUUCUGAUCGAUCGCUGUGAUAACUUGGGUUUUGAUCUUUUAAUAAGAAACUCCGUUUUUCACUCUUUUCCAUACACAGCUUUCGCCUGAUGGCACGUUCACGAAGUCAGGAAACUCCAAGCUUUUGUAUGGCUCUAUGAGUUAUGUGCGGACAGUAAUUGUUGUUGAUUGUUUUUGGUUACUGUCCCAAGCAAUCACCAUUGCCUUGCGUUACAGUGCAGUGAGACGGCAAGGUCGACCCAAAUCAGAGUAAGUUGUAAGAAAUAGGCUGUGCUCGGUAAGCAUUUAUAUGAUAAAACAGACACCCUGGUUGAGAAAAAUGCGCAGUGAGACUUCUCAAACAACAACAACGGCAAGGUUAAAGCAAGUUCCCCUGCUUUGGAUGUCACAGUGCACACGUUUGCUUUCCAGCGAGGUGUGUCUUGUGCCAUGUUAGCCCUUCGCUUUGACGAAGGGCUAACGCUCGAAAUGUCAGCUUUUGCAACUCCCAGUGGUGGCCAAUUUACAUUAUCAACUCAGUUGAUAAACCAACUUUCUUCUUUAAUGAGGUGUUAACAUAAAAUAUGGCUAAGAUGGGGGUGAGAGUGGGAGUCCAAACGAGAAUAGAUUUCCUAUUAUGAAGAUAGUUACUUUGAAGUUAGAUCCUCAUGUGAACAUUUAGUUUUUCUGUUAAUUAGCGAGCCUGAGGCCCAGCUUAUCCACUACAAGACACAGCAAUAUAAACUGUUACCAGGUUUAGCUAUGGCUUACGCUACAAAGUUUACGUUUGACCGUGUGUGGAAAUUGUAUGAAGAAUCCCAAAGGAAUUUUGCGGCAGGGGACUUCUCUAUGUUACCAGAGGUAUGAAAAUUCUUGACUUAAAAAUGUAAUUUAACGUGUUGCCUAGUGUUUGACAACUGCAGCAAGUAUAUUUUUUAUCAUUUUUAUCCCCUUUUUGGGGGAAACAGAAAUAACUGUAGACUGUUUUGCACUUGAUAGGUUGCUGAAAUUUUUUAGUAAGCUUAGAGCCUGACAAAAUUUUCUCUUGAGUGCAGAAAGAUGGAGGCGGGGAUUCAGAAUUCUCUAUUUCUUAGAAAUUUAAAAACUGGCAUCAACAGCUUAAAUUAAUUCGCACUGUUCCACUGUUUCUUUUUUUUUCUUCUAAUGCUCAAUUUGUUUGUAGCUUCAUGCAAUCACUAGUGGUCUGAAAGCGUUCGCGACAUCAACAGCCAUGCGUCAUACAGAGACGUGCCGACUGGCUUGUGGUGGACAUGGCUACUUACUGUACAGUGGUCUUCCUGACUUUUAUGCAGUGUUGAAUGCUUCCUGUACUUACGAGGGAGAUAAUGAUGUCCUUUACUUGCAAGUCGCUAGGUGAGCUGAAAACUGUGUCUCCCUAUGUUAUAAGUGAGCUUGCAUUCAGCUAUCGCCCGCAAUACCUAAAGAUUUCAUUUUGAUAAACGUGUCAAUAGGUAUCUGGUAAAAAUCGCCUCACAAGUUCAAGAAGGAAAGACUCUUCCACCAUCACUUAAAUAUAUGUCACGAAAAUGUGAACAUUGUCCAGUUAUAAACGGAGAGGGAUUCUUAGAACCUGAAAUUCAAAGAACAAUUUAUCAGGAAAGGACUGCAAGGUGAGCUUGGUCCAGAACAAGGAACUUGAAAAAACGAAAGGGUUCUCAAGUAGUCUUAACUCUUUUCACGCCAACAUCAUUAUGCAUAUUCUCCGUACCAUUCUCUGUACAUUUCCUGAGGUGCUGAAGGAGAAUUUGUUUAACAGUCAAGAGUUUCUAUAGUUGGUGAUCAUUUCUUUUAUUCUCCUGACCUUAAUGUUUGAUUCAGGGAUUCUAUUGUAAGGAGGAUUUAUACGCUAGUCACUCACAUAGUGAUCAAAGGGUUGCCAUCGCUCUUUUAGCAACUAUGUAUAGGGAAUGUGAGGCAAAGAAAUAAAACCAAGCAAAAUUAACAAUAGUUAAAUCAUUUUUCAGAUAAGGACUCACUGAAUUUGUUUUGUCUAAGAGACUGUCAUUGGAGCAGAUACCUGAAGUAGUCUUGAGAUUUUAGCACCAGUUUGUUGCUCUCCAUUUUCAAUGGAUUGGAGUUUCUUGGCUUUUUAUCAACAAUCUUUGAGCUUGCAUCUACACUGGAGAUAUAAGUGUGCCUUUAACUUGAAAGUAAACUGCUCUGAGUGAAGAAUAACUUUAAUGUCUCAUUUUUAUUGGGAAAUUUCUCUUGUCUUUGAAUAUAAGUGAACUGAGGACUGUAGCAGGAACACUUCAAAGGAGAAUACUUUCUGGAAUGGAUCCUGCCGAUGCGUGGAAUGACUUGUCUGUAGACUUAGUGCGCUGUGCCAAGGUAAAAGUUUCAGGGUAUCUUUGUCUUGAGUAGUCUCCUUCGCAGCCUUUGUUUGGUCUCUUCACGCAUCACCCUCUCCCCCUUGGUGGGGGAGAGAGCGUACACUCCAUACUAGGGCUCAAUUGUUAAAGGGGUGGAUGACGCUAUCCAGCAGAUAAAAUUGGUAUCCAAUGGACGAAUGUUCACAAAUGUACUGCGCUAUCCACUGGAAAGAGAUUUAUCCAGUGGAUAGCGUUAUCCGUCCGUCGAACUACCGGGGACAGAUUGAGAGGUCUGGGUUCAAGCCCAAGCCGGGUCACUGUGUUGUAUUUAUAAGCAAGAGACCUCACUUUCAAAAUGGCUCCUUCCACCUCGGAAAAUGUACGGGUACCAGAAUUACUGGGAGGAGGAAGGCUGGUGCGAGGUGGGAGGGGUAAACUAUUCUGAGUCACCGUAGAUUAAAGUGAUUUAUCUUUCGUUCUUUUUACAGGGCUACAGUAACUGUGUAAUGGUUUCCUAUGUGUUGGAUUCGAUGGAGAACCUCUCUGGAGUCAGCCCGAAUUCACGCACGGUCCUGAAAUCUCUAUCAGACCUAUUUGUUCUGUGGGGUAUUACUGAAAACUCAGGUAGUUUUCUAGAGGUAAGGAGGGAAAUACACAAGUAAGUCUAUAGCAGUAAUCACACUUCACAAGAUGAAGAGUGAGAUUUUUAUCGAAGAAAAUCAGGGGAGCAUUAUACUGUUACUUGCCCCAAAGUGUUGUUUUAAAUCGUAAGCAUUGAAAAUGGGUCCUGAAUGUUUAUUUUGUCACCUCCAGUCAAAAGAGAGAUCAGGAAAUGCUAGAAAACCGUGAAAACAAACUACAUGUGUAUGCGCACUUAUGUCAGUUUAACAGCCAUUAGAUAACUUUUAGUGUUUUGCGACUGCAUGUUGCUGAAAAGUUUCAAAUCCAUGGUUUUGAUACCAAGUGCACGUUUUCAGAGAAACCCAAACAUCUUCUCCCAUUUUGCUUUCAGGCUGGAAUUCUGAACUGCAGCCAAAUUCAAACCAUUCGACAGCAAGUUUAUGCAUUGAUGGAACAGCUCAGGUUUGUCUUACAAAUAAUGCGUUAUGUAAUUUACUUUGAACAUGUAUCACACAUUUAUGCGAUCUUAUUCGAAAUUUUAUUUUCACUCUUUGACCCUUUUUCAGUACUUCGGUUUUCGCUUCAAGAAGUUUUUUCAGAUCAAGAAGUGUAAAACUUUUUCUUUUCCCUUCGUCUCAUUAAUUUUCUUUCAAGAUUGCAUUGCGACUGGAUGCGUUCUUAUUUUGUUUUCUUAACGUUUAGACCUAAAGCAGUCGCUCUAGUAGACGCGUUCGAUCAUUCAGAUUACUCACUUAAUUCACCGCUGGGACGCUUCGAUGGCAACGUUUAUGAAGACCUUUUCAGAUGGGCUCAAAGAUCAGAAUUGAAUGAUCAGGAGGUAAAUUGAGUUGUGGUUUGUAACGCAUCAGUUUACUACGAGUGUCUAUUAAGAUCAAUGGGUCAUUUUUUUUGUCUAUAGUUGUAACGUUUGUACAUCUGUGUCUUGGUCUGUGACCAGAAAGUGAUGACAUUAUGUUAUGCUUGUCAUUUGAUUGGCUGAUAGGAAAAGCGCCACGUGAUCUCAGCUAGUGCGUUAUUGGUUGUUUAUCGUGUGACGUUAUUGCCUUGUUCAAAUUCAAAGUCACGUUCAGGUUCUCUCGGUCAACACAGAUAUUAGGAAAGUUUCCUGUCUCAAUUAAUGGUUUUUACCCUCUACGAAGCACAUCAAACUUUGCGUCGUUUCUAUCUUUUUUGACCGCUAGUUAUAGUUGCGUUAUUUUACCGUUUUUUUAUGUAGUAAUCAGCAGUUUUUCCAUUCUAGGUACAGCCAGGCUACUACAAGUACCUGCGGCCGUUGAUGCGUGACAACAAAUCUAAACUGUAG